ACGGCGGGCGCGCCGAGGCAAGAUGGCGGUUGUGGCCCCGGCGCCGCUGCGGGCUCCGUGAGCGCCGCGCUCGCUCUGCGCCCCGUCCCCUCCUCGCUCCUGCGCCCGGCUCCGCCCGGCUGCCCUCCGCCUCUUCUCCUUCCCCGCCGGGGCCCUAGGGACCAUGUCGGACUCGGAGGACGAGGAGAGUCCGGACCGCCAGCUCAAGCUGGUGGUGCUGGGAGACGGCACCACUGGCAAGACAUCCUUAGCUACACGUUUUGCCCAAGAAACAUUUGGAAAGCAGUACAAACAAACCAUAGGACUGGACUUCUUCUUGAAAAGGAUAUUAUUGCCAGGAAAUUUGAAUGUUACUCUUCAAGUGUGGGAUGUAGGGGGACAAACGAUAGGAGGCAAAAUGCUGGAUAAAUAUAUUUAUGGAGCUCAGGGUGUUCUCUUGGUUUAUGAUAUUACCAAUGGCCAGAGUUUUGAAAAUUUAGAAGACUGGUAUAAUGUGGUAAAAAAAGUGAAUGAAGAAUCAGAAACACAGCCACUUGUGGCCUUGGUCGGAAAUAAAAUUGACUUGGAGCAUAUGCGCACAGUGAAAUCUGACAAGCACCAGCGAUUUUGUCAGGAAAACAAUUUCAGUAGCCAUUUUGUGUCAGCCAAGACAGGAGAUUCUGUCUUCCUGUGUUUUCAGAGAAUUGCUGCUGACAUACUCGGCAUAAAAUUAAACAAAGCAGAGUUGGAACAAUCACAGCAUGUUGUCAGGGCAGAACUAGUGAAAUAUCCUGAAGAAGAUAACCAACCUCAGAACACUUCCAACUGCCAGAGCAAAAUCUGCUCAAUGCAGUAGUUCAGAGGGUGGUGAAGGCAGAUAUUGUCAACUACAGUCAGGAGCCUGUGGCAAGAUCCGUUAAUCCUCCUAGAAGCUCCAUGUGUGCAGUUCAGUGACCAUGCUGUUCUUCUCUGGUUUGAUACCUUUGCAGUCCUCCUGCCUUCACACAGGCUCUGGGAUUACCAGGAAUUUUGUUUUAACAGUGAUGACCAGUGCAACAGUGCAAUUAGAGGUUUCAAAAAGGUGUUGUGCCGUUGUACAUUAAGAAUCAUCAGGCAGUUUUCUGACUGAAAUUAAAAUGUGAUAACACAUAUUUUGAAAAAUUAAGAUCUAUAUUCUUUUAAAUUAUAUUUAAAUAAAACUGUAAAACGGUAUAAUUGUUUAUAUGUUUCCUCCUGUCUGUUUGACUGAUACCAGAAUAAAAAUGGAUGAAGCAGCCCUGCAUUCAAAAUGCUUUUACAGGCAUCACCGGGGAAGGGUAUUUUGCCAAAGCAUUUUUAAAGCUUUUUUCUCCUGUGAUCUGAACUAACACUCAGCAAAAUGUAACUUGGAAAAACUAUUGCUGGAAUAAUUUUAAUCAUGUAAUAUAUUUUAUCUAGGGAUAAUUUCUAAAGUGUUCCAUUAAUAUAUAUACUUAGCAUAAAAUGUAUAAAUUGUAUCCAGUGAGAAACAGUGCUUGGAAUAAAGCCAUUAUUAUAAAAAUAGUUACUUUUUUGAAGUCUCAAGUUGUCUCUAUGGAUGCUCUAAAAAAUGCUAGUGUUUUUGUGUAUUUUUAUUACUACAGCAGCAUUACUUCUUACAUUAAUAGAUGAGCUCAUAUGUCUUUAUGAAUAUGGAUGAAUCUCAGUCAACAGUUUGGUCUGUAAAUGUUGAGUGAUAUAUUCAACAUGCAUUAGAAACUGUUGAUAGAUCAAUUAGUAUCAGUCACUUUAAAUAACUAACAGAAUGACUUUUCUCCUGGUACUCUUUCCUUUCUAAUUCAGAGUAAAUGACAAAUAAAAAGCUGACUGCACUGUGAUCUUUA